GGUGGUGGUGGAGGAGGAAUAGGCCGGGGCAGGUCGCGCUCGCUGCCUUCUCCCCAGAAGAGAGACGCGGGGGGAGGGGGGUGCGGCGAGCGGCUCCUGUCUCUCCCCACCGCCCCGCUCGCGCCCUAGUGUAAUGAGGGUCACCCCCUCCCCCCAGCUGGCCCGGGCGGGGGCGCGGGGCACGGUUGAUGCCAGCCCAGGAUGGAUCAGACCUGUGAACUACCUAGAAGAAAUUGUCUGCUGCCCUUUUCCAAGCCAGUGACUUUAGAUGUCUCUGAAGACAAGGACAGCCCUUUCGGUAAUGGUCAAUCCAGUUUUUCUGAGCCACUUAAUGGGUGUACUAUGCAGUUGUCGCCUGCCAGUGGAACAUCCCAAAAUGCUUAUGGACAAGAUUCUCCAUCUUGUUACAUUCCACUGCGGAGACUACAGGAUUUGGCCUCCAUGAUCAAUGUAGAAUAUUUAAAUGGGUCUGCUGAUGGUUCAGAAUCCUUCCAAGACCCUGAGAAAAGUGAUUCAAGAGCUCAGUCGCCCCUGAGGCCUGGCGGUCCAGCAGCACUUGCUGUGAAACAGGAACCCCGUGCUAAUAACUCCCCUGAACUCCAGGGAGGAGUUACAGAGACUACCAAGAGUGGCUUUCCGCACUUUGAGAAUUUUACUGGUGUGGACGAUGCAGAUGUAGAAUCUGAAAUGGACCCAGAACAGCCAGCCCCAGAGGCUGAAAGGAUAGCGGAGACUCAGAGCAAUGCCACCUGCACUGCUGAGCCUAAAUCAGAGCAUGAUGUAAAAGUGGCCGUGGAAAGUGAACGAGACGGCACGGCCGGGAGUAGACCCGGUGCAGUCGAUUCGCCAUUCUUGCCAUUAGCUCCUCAGACCGAGACGCAGAACAAUAAGCAAAGGAGUGAAGUGGACGGCAGCAGUGAAAAAGCCCUUCUCCCAGCCCCUCUUGCUCUAGGAGAUGCAGACCUUCCCCUAGAAGAGCAAUUAAACUCAAUAAAUUUAUCUUUUCAGGAUGAUCCAGACUCCUCCAGUACCAGUACAUUAGGAAACAUGCUAGAAUUACCUGGAACUUCAUCAUCAGCCACUUCACAGGAAUUGCCAUUUUGUCAAUCCAAGAAAAAGUCUACCCCGCUGAAGUAUGAAGUUGGAGAUCUCAUCUGGGCAAAAUUCAAGAGGCGCCCCUGGUGGCCGUGCCGGAUUUGCUCUGAUCCAUUGAUUAACACCCACUCAAAAAUGAAAGUUUCCAACCGGAGGCCCUAUCGUCAGUACUACGUAGAGGCCUUUGGAGACCCCUCUGAACGAGCCUGGGUGGCUGGGAAGGCAAUCGUCAUGUUUGAAGGCAGACAUCAGUUUGAAGAGCUCCCUGUCCUCAGGAGAAGAGGGAAGCAGAAAGAGAAAGGAUAUAGACAUAAGGUUCCUCAGAAAAUUUUGAGUAAAUGGGAAGCCAGUGUUGGUCUUGCCGAACAGUAUGAUGUUCCCAAAGGGUCAAAGGCUCGAAAAUGUGGCAGCAGCUCGAUCAAAUUGGACAGUGAGGAGGAUAUGCCGUUCGAGGACUGCACGCAUGACCCUGAAUCGGAGCACGGCUUGUUGCUCAAUGGCUGCUUGGAGUCUCUGGAUUUUGAUUCUGAACAUUCUGCAGAUGAGAAGGAAAAGCUUUGUGCCCGAAAGAACUCUGAUAACCCCAAAAGGACUAGUAUCAAAAAGGGCCACCUGCAGUUUGAGGCGCAUAAGGAAGUGCGGAGGGCGAAGAUCUCCGAGAACCUCGGCUUGAACUUCAUCUCUGGGGAUGCAUCUGAUACGCAAGCAUCUAAUGAGCUUUCCAGGAUAGCAAACAGCCUCACAGGGUCCAGUUCUGCCCCAGCAACCUUUCUGUUUUCUUCUUGUGGAAAAAACACUGCAAAGAAAGAAUCUGAGACUUCCAAUUGUGACUCUUUAUUGGGCUUGUCGGAGGGUGCCUUGAUUUCUAAACGCUCUGGGGAGAAAAAGAAGCCCCAGCGAGGGCCUGUGUGCAGUUCUAAAGUGCAGCUUUGCUAUCUUGGAGCGAGUGAGGAGGAGAAACGCAGCGAUUCCAUCAGUAUCUGCACCACUUCUGAUGAUGGAAGCAGCGAUCUCGAUGCUGGGGAACAGAGCUCCGAGUCAGACAGUGGUGUCCUUGAACUUGCAGAUACUUUUGAUAGAACAGAGAAUAUGGUAUCCAUGCAGAAAAAUGAGAAGAUAACGUAUUCUAGGUAUUCUACCACAAACUCUAGGGUAAAAGCAAAACCGAAGCCCCUCAUCACUAACUCCCAUAGUGACCACUUAAUAAACUGCACCAAGACAACAGAGCUGGGAACUGAGACGCCUCCAGUUAAUCUCUCUGAUCUUACGGUGUCCACUCUUGUCCACAAACCCCAAUCAGACUUUAAAAAUGAUGGUCUCACUCCAAAAUUCAACACCCCAUCAAGCAUUUCCAGUGAGAACUCAGUAGUGACGCCGGGUGGGACUACCAGUCAAGCUCUCUUACAUUUGAAAAGCAAACCCCCCAAGUUCCGAAGUAUAAAGUGCACCAAGCCUAAAGAAACCCCAGCGAGUGUAGAACCACCAGUUCCAAAUGAGGACUGCAGUUUGAAAUACUGCUCUUCGGAUACCAAAGGCUCUGCUCUGGCCAGCGGCCCCAAGAGUGGGAAGAUGGACGGGCUGAAACUACUGAGCAACAUGCAUGAGAAGACCAGGGACUCGAGCGACAUAGAGAGCGCGGUGGUGAAGCACGUGCUAUCAGAGCUGAAGGAGCUCUCUUACAGAUCCUUAGGUGAGGAUGUCAGUGACUCUGGGACUUCUAAGCCAUCUAAACCCUUACUUUUUUCUUCUUCUAAUCAGAAUCACAUGCCCCUUGAACCAGACUACAAAUUCAGCACGUUGCUAAUGAUGCUGAAAGACAUGCAUGACAGCAAGACCAAGGAGCAGCGACUGAUGACAGCUCAAAACUUGGUCUCUUAUCGGAGUCCUAGUCGGGGGGAUUGUUCCACCAGUACUCCCGCAGGGGCUUCCAAGGUGCUGACUCCAGGAAGCUCCACGCAUAAGUCAGAAAAAAGUGGAGAUGGCGCUCCAGACUCCGCCCGUCCUAGCCCGGGUGGAGUGGACUCUCCGCCAUCUGCUCCCCCACCUGUGUUAGCACCCGAGGGAAGAGACCCCCCUGCUUCUGUUAAACACCGUGCAAACUGUGUGACGAGGCGCAACUGGGGGCGAUCCAAGCUGUCCAAGUUGCGUGACGCUUUUUCAGCCCAAAUGGGAAAAGACAUCGUGAACCGCAAGGCCUUAAAGAUAGAGCGCAAAAGAAAGCCCACCCGCCUUCCCGUGGUGACUGCUGAAGUCCCACUGCCCGGAGACGGCGAGGAUGGCUGCUCCGUGAGUGGCUCGUCCCCAGGUGUGGUGGAAGAUGCCGCCAAGGAGGACUCCUGUGCGCAGAAGGCCCCUGCAGCAGCUGAGGUUCGUUUUGAGAGCAAGGCUGAGCAGUCUGGUCCUGAUCAGUGCCCUGAGAAGCAGCCCACAGUUGAACGGAGCAGUAAAUGCUUGGACUUGACCUCCGAAGCAAACAGCGAGAAUGACGAACCCAGCCCUGUCAGUCAAGUGGUGCCUAAAAAACGGUGGCAGCGUUUGACCCAAAGGCGCACCAAACCUCGUAAGCGUGGCGGCAGGUUCAGGGAGAAGGAGAACUCAGAGGCUGCCUUUGCGGUCCUGCUUCCUGGUGACCCUGUCGAGGAGCGGCGUGAUGCGUUCGCAGAGAAUAGAACAACUCCUUCCACACAUGGCCCGGAGCACUCACUGACAGAUCCAAGUCCUGCUGGCCACUUGGAUUCAGCUGCACCACGCUUGAAUGCUUGCGAGAAAUCGGCUGCCAGCAGUGAGGAGCGGGAAAAGGAGCCAGGAAUUCCCAGCCUGACACCACAGGCCAAGCUUCCUGAACCAGUUGUGCGGUCCGAGAAGAAGCGCCUUAGGAAGCCAAGCAAGUGGCUUCUGGAAUAUACAGAAGAGUAUGAUCAGAUAUUUGCUCCUAAGAAGAAGCAAAAGAAAGCACAGGAGGUGCACAAGGUAAAUUCCCGCUGUGAAGACGAAAGCCUUCUAGCUCGAUGUCAAUCUAGUACCCAGAACAAGCAGGUGGACGAGAAUUCUUUACUUUCAACCAAAGAAGAGCCUCCAGUUCUUGAAAGGGAAGCUCCGUUUUUGGAGGGGCCCUUGGCUCAGUCAGAGCUUGGAGGUGGAAACGCCGAGUUGCCGCAGCUAACGCUGUCUGUGCCUGUAGCUCCAGAAGUCUCUGCACGAGCUGCGCUUGAGCCUCAGGAACUGCUUGUUAAAACACCAGGAAAUUAUGAAAGUAAGCGCCAACGGAAGCCAACUAAGAAGCUUCUUGAAUCCAAUGAUUUAGACCCUGGAUUUAUGCCUAAGAAGGGUGACCUUGGCUUUUCUAAAAAGUGUUAUGAAGCUGGCUAUUUGGAGAAUGGGAUUCCUGAGUCAUGUGCUACGUCUCAUUCGAAAGAGUUUGGCAGUGGCACUACCAGGAUUUUUGAUAAACCAAGAAAGCGAAAGCGACAGAGGCAUAUUGGAGCUAAGGUGCAGUGUAAAAAAGUGAAAAAUGCCGACUCAUCAAAAGGGGUGCCAGGCUCAGAGGGAGAACUGAUGGCUCACAGGACGGCGGCAAGUCCUAAGGAGGCUGUUGAGGACGGUGUGGAACACGACUCUGGGAUGCCUGCGUCGAAAAAGUUGCAGGGUGAACGAGGCGGAGGAGCUGCACUGAAGGAGAACGUGUGUCAGAAUUGUGAGAAGGUGGGUGAGCUGCUGUUAUGUGAGGCUCAGUGCUGCGGGGCUUUCCACCUCGAGUGCCUUGGCUUAACGGAGAUGCCCAGGGGAAAAUUUAUCUGCAACGAGUGUCGCACAGGAAUACAUACCUGUUUUGUAUGUAAGCAGAGCGGGGAAGAUGUUAAAAGAUGCCUGUUGCCUUUAUGUGGGAAGUUCUACCAUGAGGAGUGUGUGCAGAAGUACCCACCCACGGUCAUGCAGAACAAGGGCUUCCGGUGCUCCCUGCACAUGUGCAUCACCUGCCAUGCCGCCAACCCCACCAGUGUUUCUGCAUCGAAAGGUCGGCUGAUGCGUUGUGUGCGCUGUCCAGUGGCUUACCAUGCCAAUGACUUCUGCCUCGCUGCCGGAUCCAAGAUCCUCGCGUCUAACAGCAUCAUCUGCCCGAAUCACUUCACCCCCAGGCGUGGCUGUCGGAAUCACGAGCAUGUUAAUGUUAGCUGGUGUUUUGUGUGCUCAGAAGGAGGCAGCCUGCUGUGCUGUGACUCUUGCCCUGCUGCUUUUCACCGAGAAUGCCUGAACAUUGAUAUCCCUGAAGGAAACUGGUAUUGCAAUGACUGCAAGGCGGGAAAGAAGCCGCACUACAGGGAGAUCGUCUGGGUGAAAGUCGGACGGUACAGGUGGUGGCCAGCAGAGAUCUGCCAUCCGCGAGCUGUUCCCUCCAACAUUGAUAAGAUGAGACAUGAUGUGGGAGAGUUCCCUGUGCUCUUCUUUGGGUCAAAUGACUAUCUGUGGACCCACCAGGCCCGAGUGUUCCCCUACAUGGAAGGGGACGUGAGCAGCAAGGACAAGAUGGGCAAAGGAGUGGAUGGGACGUAUAAAAAAGCUCUUCAGGAAGCUGCAGCAAGGUUUGAAGAGCUAAAGGCACAGAAAGAGCUACGGCAGCUGCAGGAAGACCGAAAGAAUGAUAAGAAGCCUCCACCUUAUAAGCAUAUAAAGGUGAACCGCCCAAUAGGCAGGGUGCAGAUCUUCACCGCGGACUUGUCUGAAAUCCCCCGUUGCAACUGUAAAGCCACCGAUGAGAACCCUUGUGGCAUCGACUCGGAAUGCAUCAACCGCAUGCUGCUGUAUGAGUGUCACCCCACGGUGUGCCCUGCUGGAGGGCGCUGUCAGAACCAGUGCUUCACCAAGCGCCAGUACCCCGAGGUGGAGAUUUUCCGCACCUUGCAGAGGGGUUGGGGCCUGCGGACAAAAACAGAUAUUAAGAAGGGAGAGUUUGUGAAUGAGUAUGUCGGUGAGCUGAUAGACGAAGAAGAAUGCAGAGCUCGAAUCCGUUACGCCCAGGAACAUGAUAUCACCAACUUCUAUAUGCUGACCCUAGAUAAAGACCGAAUCAUCGAUGCUGGCCCCAAAGGAAACUACGCGCGGUUCAUGAAUCAUUGCUGCCAGCCCAACUGUGAGACUCAGAAAUGGUCUGUGAAUGGCGAUACCCGUGUUGGUCUUUUUGCCCUGAGUGACAUUAAAGCAGGAACUGAGCUUACCUUCAACUACAACCUUGAAUGUCUUGGAAAUGGAAAGACCGUUUGCAAAUGCGGAGCUCCAAACUGCAGCGGCUUCUUGGGCGUGAGGCCAAAGAAUCAGCCCAUUGCCACAGAAGAAAAGUCCAAGAAGUUCAAGAAGAAGCAACAUGGGAAGCGCCGGAGCCAGGGCGAGAUCACGAAGGAGCGAGAGGAUGAGUGCUUCAGCUGCGGGGACGCUGGCCAGCUCGUGUCGUGCAAGAAGCCUGGCUGCCCCAAAGUCUACCAUGCAGACUGUCUGAACCUGACCCGGAGGCCAGCAGGGAAGUGGGAGUGUCCAUGGCAUCAGUGUGACAUCUGUGGGAAGGAAGCAGCCUCCUUCUGUGAGAUGUGCCCCAGCUCCUUCUGCAAGCAGCACCGGGAAGGCAUGCUCUUCAUUUCCAAACUGGACGGGCGUCUCUCUUGUACUGAGCAUGACCCUUGCGGGCCCAACCCUUUGGAGCCUGGGGAGAUCCGUGAGUAUGUGCCUCCCCCGGUCCCACUGCCUGCCGGCCCGGGGGCUCCCCUGGCACAACAGUCAUCGGGGGCAGCUGCUCAGGCGCCCAAGGUAUCAGAUAAGGCAUCUGCUGAAACCAACCAGACGCCACUCUCUAAGAAAGCUCUGGCAGGGACUUGUCAGAGGCCACUGCUGUCUGAAAAACCUCUUGAAAGAACUGACUCCAGACCCCUGCUUUUAGAUAGGGUCAGAGAACUGGCUGGGUCAGGCACCAAAUCCCAGUCCUUGGCAUCCAGCCAAAAGCCAUUGGCCAGGUCACCUUCAGUGGCAGGACCAAGACCCCAGCUAUCUGACAAACCCUCUCUGGCAACUGGCCCAGGCUCCUCACCCUCUGUCAGGCCCCAGCCACUGGAGAGACCUUUGGGAACAACUGACCCACGUCUGGAUAAAUCUAUAGGUGCUGCCAGCCCAAGGCCUCAGUCACUGGAGAAAACCCCAGUUCCUUCUGGCCUGAGACUUCUGCCACCAGACAGGCUGCUAGUGAGCAGCAGUCCCAAAGCCCAGACAGCAGACCGACCCUUGGACAAGCCCCACGUCCCUCUAUCCCAGAGACUCCCGCCCACAGAAAAAGUCCUGUCCGCUGUGGUCCAGACUUUGGUGGCUAAAGAGAAAGCACUAAGGCCUGUGGACCAGAAUACUCAGUCAAAAAACAGAGCUGCUUUGGUGAUGGAUCUCAUAGACCUGACCCCUCGCCAGAAGGAUCGGGCAGCAUCUCCUCCUGAUGGCACUCUGCAGGCUGAUGAGAAGGUGCCAGUGUUGGAAUCAAGCUCAUGGGCUGCCAGCAAAGGCUUGGGGCAUGUGCUGCGAGUGGUUGAAAAAGGCAGCGUGUCAGAACCUCUUCUCCAACCACCUGGAAAGACGGUGGCCCCUUCAGAGCACCCCUGGCAAGCUGUUAAAUCACUCACCCAGGCUAGGCUUCUUUCUCAGCCUCCUGCCAAGACUUUUUUAUAUGAGCCAGCAACUCAGGCCUCAGGAAGAGCUCCUACAGGGGCUGAGCAGACCCCAGGACCUCCCAGCCAAGUACCGGGCCUGGUGAAGCAGGUGAAGCAGUUGGCCGGAAGCCAGCAACCAGCUGGACUUGCUGUCAAAAGUGGGCAGUCUUUCAGGUCUCUUGGGAAGGCCCCCGCCUCCCUCCCUACUGAAGAGAAGAAAUUGGCAACUACAGAGCAGAGCUCCUGGGGCUUGGGAAAAGCCUCCUCAGGGGCAGGACUGUGGCCACUGGUGGCUGGACAGACGCUGGUACAGUCUUGCUGGUCUGCUGGGAGUGCACAGACAUUGGCACAAACCUGCUGGUCUCUUGGAAGAGGGCAAGAGCCCAAAUCAGAGCAAACUACACUUGCAGCUCUAAGCCAGGCUCCUUCUGGUCACAAGUGUGCAGAGGCGGAACAGAAGUGAGGCAGUGAAUGUCACUUAACCAGACAAGCUGUCCCCCCCGCCAGGGUACCAUUUGGGGAGAGGAAUCUGUUCUUUAUCCCCCUUACAAAGCAGAUCUACCCCAAUACUUCUCCACUGUUACUGUUUCUUUCAUAGCAACACUCAGAACUCUUGUGAUAUUAGCCAGUGGGGACUUGCCGUUGUGUCCACCGUGUACGGAAAUCCAAGCGGGGCCCAGCCAAGGAACAGACAAGACUCUCUUUCCUCCAUCUUCUACAUGGUCAACUUAAAAUAAAAAGUCCAUUCUGGA